AUGGGUCGCUACUCGGGCAGGAGCAUCAGGCUCAUCCUUAUGUGCGUGGUGAGCCUUGUGCUUUUUGCUGUUGAGAUCUCAGUAGCCUACGUUGGCAAUUCUCUUUCCUUAGCUUCAGAUGCCUUUGCUGUUCUCUCUCACUUGAUCUCCAUGAUCAUCGGUUUGUUCACUGUUAGGUUCAGUCGCAUCAGAUGGCACAAAGCUAACACUUUUGGCUUCAGCCGGGCAGAUGUGCUGGGAGCUUUUGGCAACUCUGUUUUUGCCACCGCUCUGAUGUUUAGCAUCUUCGUUGAGGCAAUCAAGAGGUUUAUCAAUCCUCAGAAGACUGAGAAAGCACUGCUCGUCCUUGUUGUUGGGCUUGCAGGUCUGUUCUUCAAUGUGUUCAACUAUGUUAUCUUCAUGGAUUGCUGUUAUUGUCGUGCACCCCAAGGAGACACCGAAACAGGUGACUCACCAAAUGACCAAAAAAGCCCUGAAGAGGGGCCUGAGAAGAAAAAAGAGAGAAAGUCUGAAGCCUUGAACAUCAGAGGUGUUCUUUUGCAUGUUAUGGGAGAUGCACUUGGAUCUGUGGUCGUGGUAGUUACUGCUACAAUCUUCCAUUUACUUCCUCUGGGGAAUGCUCCAUGUAAUUGGCAGUGCUACAUUGAUCCAAGCCUGACAGUAAUUAUGGUGUUCAUCAUCUUGUCUUCUGCAUUCCCGCUUAUCAAGGAGACCUCAAUUAUUUUGUUGCAGAUGGUUCCCAAAGGUGUUAAUAUGCAACUACUGACUGACAGACUAGCUCGUGUACCAGGGGUUAGCAGCCUUCAUGAGGUGCAUGUCUGGGAACUUGCAGGUGGGAAGAAUAUUGCUACUCUUCAUAUCAAGUGCCAAACCCCUACUGAUUACCAAGAUGCUGCUUAUAAAAUACGGAAGGUUUUCCACGAAGCAGGGAUCCAUUCUGUGACCAUCCAGCCCGAGUACAUUGACCGCAAGACCUCCCAGCUACUGUGCAGCUCACCCUGCAUCUCAAAAGCUUGUGACUCUCAGCUGUGCUGCAGUCAGCGGGAGCCCCCCCUGGCUAAAACUAAUGGUUCUACUGAGAAAAACGAUAGUUGCCUUUCUGCACUGCAUAAAGACAAUGGUUCAAGUAAAAAUGAUAUUGAAAUCCCUAUCGAGUACCCACUGGCAGAGGAUAGCAUUAAAACCGUGAAAAAUUGUGGCGUGUCUGAUGACAAAUCACAGUUGAGCAGCACACGACUUUAGACAAUUCCCUCUACUAUGCGUAAUGUUUUCAUAGAACGAAUGUAUCCUGGCUGGAAAGGGGGUCAUCGGUGGUUGUAGCUGAAGUUGGUGUGGCAAAAAGAUUUCUGUGCUUUAGCUGUAAACCAAAACACACCUAAAAACCCCUUGUAUCUGAAAUAAGGAUUCAUAUUUCCACAAAGGGCGUUGCAUUCAUCUAAGAUUUUUCUGAUACGGCCUAACCCAGUUCCUUGCCAAACUACGUGUGAAUUUCUGGUGUUAGAGCGGAUGGGGUGUAUUGCUGUCUGCACUGAUGCUCGCAGUUAAUGGCCGGUGGCACUGGGAAUGAAACUCUGGCCUUUUCUGCUGAAGUGCGCUGUUUCCUGAAAGCCCUGUGGCCAGUUUGUGAUUGUACUGGGCUGAAGUACUGUAUAUUUAUAAAGGACUUCAGUAGAGAUGCUUUACUGAUCCUUAAAACCCGUUUUUGCAUAGACAGUUCAUGUUUAACAGUAACGCUUGUGCUUCUGGCCAGUGGGGUUUGUGAAGGAAAUUAAGAGUGUUUAAGGGGGAGGGGAAGCACUCAGGAAUUUUGACUUGCAUUGUUUUCUUGAUUGACUCCUGUAUUUAGGGACAGAGCAGAAGCUGGUCUUGCUUCUCUACUAGUAAUACUGGAGUCUUAGCCUAAUCACAGAUAAGUAUGCUAAAGAGUAGACUUCUUGUCAUGAAAGCAAAGAAAUACUAACGUUGUCUGUACUGAUUCUAGCGAAUGGAAAUGCAGGCAGUCAGCCAGUUAACUUUUAUCUUGUUCACUGUUGUGAUUGUACAACUCGGGUCUUUUUUAUUUUAUUUUUUUUCUCCUGACAACAGAAAUUAUAAUAGCCACAGGUCUUAAUUCAUCAUGGUGCGGGAUGAUUGCAGUAUCUUUAACAUUGAGUGUCUGUCAUUAUUCAUGCUGAAUAAAUAAGCUAAUGUGUUUAUUAUGAGCAGUUAAAAUUCUGCAGUUCUAUUAUUAAGACACAAUUUGAUAUUGUAUUAAUUAAGGAAGUCCCUUUAA